GACGCGUUUUCCGUGAAUAAUGAUGAUGAACUUCGGAAUGAUGAUUUCAGGAUUGAAAGCAUUUCAAUAGUAUAGAGCACAGUUAUUUCUACAUAUAUUUUGAGAUCUGAACACAACUUGAAGUCUGGUAGCCUCAGGGGAGGUUUCUAACCAUAUCAUAUCUUGGCGGUGUUAACGAUGCAUGUUGCAACUCUGAGAUUGGUCCUAUGUCUAAUGGUUUGCUGCGAUUUAUGGCUUGCCAGCAGCCAAAAGCUCCAACUUGAUUCAAUCGAUCAAUCGGAAUUAGUGCGCAAAGCCCAUGAAAUCAGGCAACAUCGUCAAAUUCGCCGAACGCGUCAACUUCGUCAAGAACAAGAUAAGGAAAAGAAAUGCAAAUUCAAAUUUGCCCUGCUAGAUUUUCCUCCUUACAUUAUGAAGCAAAGUAUUAACCAAGGAUUUAUGUAUCAAACCCUAACAUGGUUUCUGGACACAGCUUGCUUUGGUAGAGGAGCAACAGACCCCAUAGCUUGCAAAAUGGUACCAGUAUUUGUUCAAAAUCAAGACGAGAUGCUGAAAUUGAUUAAAAAUGGGUCGGUUGAUUUUGGUUUUCCAAUUCUAUCGGAUGCAAAACAAAAACUUGCGGGCCUAGACAGUGUGACACUCAUCCGGGCAUUUGUAUCACCCGGGUGUUCAGUAAUUGUGAACUUAAAGCAGUGCAAAGCAGAGUCACGGGAACAGUUGUUUACUUCCAUUACGUUACAAUGGCCAAUAAUGGCUUAUAUCAUAUUGCUGUCAGGGAUAUCUGGAGUGAUCAUUUGGCUCUUGGAACACCGUUCAAACGCGUCUCAGUUUUCACCCUUGUUCACGAAAGGAUCACCAGAAGGCUUUUGGUGGGCAGUGGAAUCACUUACAACAGUAGGGUACGGUGAUAAGACGCCUAAAACCUUCUGUGGACGUUCAUUUGGUAUAAUAUGGAUCCUGAUAGGAGCUAUAACGUUGUCGCUGUUCACCGCCUUAAUGACAAAUGCUAUCCAAGCUUCCCUGGAUGGUACGAGAUGUAGGGACAUCGGUGGCAAAAAGGUGGGUGUGUCCAACAAGAAUCCUGAAACGCAUAUAGUCGCUAUGGAGCUGGACGCAGACUCUGUCAAGUUCAACAACCUGGAUGAAAUGCAAGAAAGUCUUAGCCAAGGAACAAUUGGAAGAGUAAUGGUGGAUCGCAACACUGCAUUUCACUUUUUGGAUAAAUCUGGUUUAAAACGAAACAGACAGAUCCGAAUGAUUCGUAACAUCGAUUAUCCAAUGGAAUAUUACCUGGCUCACGUGAGCCAUGACGUAAUGGCGUCACCGAAUGACACGAACGAUUCUGAUGACGAAGUAUUGGCUAGAAAAACUGAGCUUUCGGUUUGCGGGGAAAGCCUGAAAGAUCUAGAGUUAUUAGCGGAUUUGGCUGCAGUUGCAAAAGACACUGCCAAAGUGCAACUUAUUCCUGCCGAAUUAAAGACAGCGGAUUUGUCCGAUGAAAUGGAAGGGUUAUUCUCCACCGGCUCACAAAUGACCAAAUUUAUAUUAUUAGCCUUGUUGGGAAUACUCACCUUCCUAAUGAUCAUCGGCAAACUUUGGGAAGUCUACACCAACUGUAAGCCAACGAUACACAAGAAGAGAAAAGGACUGAUUCUUAGCAGCAGGAAGAUGUCAAUGAUGCAAAACUUCCUGGAUUUCAAGGAACGACUAAAAGACAUAACGUCUGAUCUACAAAAGUUAAAAGAGGAAUUUGAAGGUGCCGCGAACGAUUUGUCUCGUGAAUACUCAAGACCAAAAGAACGCUCAUUUUCUAUUAAUAUGCUUGAUCUGAAUGGAAAGAGUAAAAAUACAGAAACAAUAGUAUAACACAUAAAACAUUUUGCCACUAGUAAACUCAGAUAGCAUUUUACUUUUCUGAGAUUUCCAUGGCCAGUGGUAUAUUUUUAGCUUGAGCAAAAAAAGAAGGUGAAUGUGUCACACAGAGUAGGACACGUAACUGACUUCUUGUUUAUUAUGAAUUGUAUUGAAUUCUUUUCCUUCCUUUUUCCUAUUCCCUUUUUAAUUUCCUUACUUUCGGUUUUUAGGCCAACAAACCAAUACGUUAUGUUCAGAGAAAGGUAGCAAGUGAACCAAGAGGGUUUAUAAAUUUUCUCAUUCCACUGCAAUCAGUUUUAGCUGUCUAUUGAUGAAAUAGCUCGCGCUAUUAACUACAGACUCUGCCUCGUCCGUCCUGACGGAUGAACAGAAUCGAGGGUCAAGAAUAAUAACUUCGGUAUUUGCUUUUCAGUGCCUAACUUCUGGGUUUGUUUUUUUAUACUCUAUGGAAUUAA